UCAACCAACAUCUCAUCUCAUCCCAACCACUACUACUCUUUCCUCCCGCGCUCCACCAACCAACCCACUAUCUUUAUAAUCCAAUCUACUUUUACCUUUUCUUCUCGGCCAUGAAGCUCAUCUCCUCCCUCCUCAUCCUCGCUGCGGUCGCCACCGCUGCUCCCGCUCCAAUCCCCGGCGACAACACUUACGGUGUCAACGUCAAUAACCCCGUCUACACCACUAACAAUGGCGGCUCCAAGGGCAACACCUCUAACAACUCGGGCGGAUGGUCUAGCAGCAGCUCCAGCUCCAGCGACGAGAGCAGCUCGGGCUCCUGGUACGACAGCAGCAAGGACAAUGGCAAGGGCAGUGUCCAGAACAACUCCGGUGCCACGUUCAACAACGACAAGAACUCAGCCAGCGCAGCCGACAAUAGUGCCUGGUACAACAACAGCCAGAACAACGGCUACGGCAAGACUGAGAACAACUCGGGCGCCCAGUACGAUAGCACCAAGAACGCUGCUCAGGAGCACAACGCCGGCACGUGGUACGACAACAGCGCAUCUAGCGGCUACGGCAAGACCAGCUCGAGCGACAAGGGCGCUUCAUACGAUUCAAACAAGAGCGCCUCCGAGGAUAAGAACUCUGGUGCCUGGUAUGACCACAACAAGACCAACGGGUAUGGCAAGGGUGGCUCGAGCGAAAAGGGCGCUUCUUACGAUUCCAGCAAGAGCGCAGCUCAGCAGCACGACGCUGGUGCUUGGUACGACAAGAGCAAGACCAGCGGCUACGGCAACACUGAGAACAGCUCGGGUGCCUGGUACGACAACGGAAAGAAUGCUGCUCAGCAGCACGACGCCGGCGCCUGGUACGACAACACCAAGGAUUAUGGCUACGGCAAGGGCAGCUCGAGCGACAAGGGCGCCUCGUACGAUGCUAGCAAGAGCAGCUCCCAGGACCAUAAUGCCGGCGCUUGGUAUGAUGAGAACAAGACCAGCGGCAACUACAAGGGCGGCAACGGUGGCUACCAGGCUAACCCCAAGGGCAACUACCAGGCUAACCCCAAGGGCAACUACCAGGCUAACCCCAAGGGCAACUACCAGGCUGACCCCAAGGGCGAUUACAAGGGCGGCAAGGGCGGGUACCAGGUCGAAGUCAAGGCCGACCUCAAGGGCGGCAAGGGUAACUACAACACUGCUUCUAUUCCUGCUAAGGCACCUUCCGCCCCCGUGCUUCCCAAGGGUCCCAUUGCUCCCCAGCUGCCUAAGGUCAUUGUCAACUAAACCAUCUGCCAAUUGUAUUCUAAGGAUCUGAGGUUAUAAUAAGCCACUCAUUUUCCACUUUAGUAUUAGCUUGUUUUUCAUUGUUGAGCAAUCGUUAAUGUCAUUAUAAUUGUUAACAAUUUAAUUUU